UCGACCAUUUGGCGGUGAGUUGACAGGCAGCGUCCUGCGUACCGUGCAAAAUUCACCGUUUUUAUCUGAGUUCGCAAUCGAGAUUUCCGUUAAAAGUCCGCUCAUCGUAAAGAUAAAUUAACGUUGAUCGUAUUGCAUUGCUUAGCUCUAAUAAUCACAACAAGCUUUUCACUUGAGAACAAAGAGAAAUGGCCGAGCAAUCGACGAGUGACGAGAAGCCAACAGGCAGUUUAUUGGAGGAAGAUGAGGAAAACUCCGUGACAAUGCUCGAUGUGCUCCAACAAGAGAAUGCUCUCGAGGAAGAUUGUAAUGCUGUUCUUGGAGCUUCCGAUGACCAAAACUGCACUUAUAACAAGGGAUAUAUCAGACAAGCUUUGUAUGCUUGUAAAACUUGUUGCAAUAUUGGUACAAGAGCUGCUAUUUGCCUCGCUUGUUCUCUACACUGCCAUGAAGGACAUGAUCUGGUUGAACUCUAUACCAAGAGACACACAAGAUGUGAUUGUGGAAAUACAAAGUUCGGAGACAAGGCUUGUAGUCUUGAGACGUCAAAGGAAGCAGAGAAUUCUGAAAAUAAGUAUAAUCAGAACUAUGAUGGAGUAUAUUGUACCUGUGCUAGACCAUACCCAGAUCCAGAAGCUACUGAAAGUGAUGAAAUGAUUCAAUGUACUAUUUGUGAAGAUUGGUAUCAUACACAGCAUCUAGGAAAUGGUGAUGAUCUUCCAAAAGAUAAUGAUUAUAGUGAAAUGAUUUGUGCCGGUUGCAUGAAGUCUCAUGACUUUUUGUGGAGAUAUGCUACUAAGUAUUCUAUUUCUAAGACCAAGAAAUCUCAAACAAGCUCAGAAGAAAAAGUUGAUGUUGACGAAACAAAAGAUGAGAAAGAAUGUAUUCUCCCAGUUGAAGAAUUUCUUAAGAAAGAAGGAAGUAUUUUCUGGACAGAAGGAUGGCGUUGUUCUCUGUGUAUCUGUGAUAAGUGUAAAAAGACGUAUGAAGAACAUGAGCUGUCUUAUCUUCUCGAUCCUUUGGACAGCGUGCAAGCGUAUGAAGAAGCUGGAAAAGCAAGCAAAGGAGAAUCUCGGUACGAGCAAGGAAUGCGGGCACUCGCUUCACUUGGUCAUGUUGAGCAAAUAAAUGCUAUUGAAGAGUACAACAAGAUGAAGGAGAAUCUUAAGCAAUAUCUGCAGAAAUUUGCAGAAAACAAGAAAGUCGUGCGCGAAGAGGAUAUCAAAGAAUUUUUCUCUGGAAUGAAAUCUCAAAAACGCCAAAAAGUCGUGGUUCCGACGUUCUGUCGUUAAAAGAAUUGUGUAACAAUCGCAAAAUAUUUUUUUUACUUUUUAUUUUGGAUUAGAUAUUUACAAACGGUAUUUUAGCAGCUGUUAAAUCGACGAUAGUAUUUGUAUUAUUGCGUAAUUUAAAGGAAGCAAAAUUGAUUGAAUGAAGUUCAGUGUUCAAUGGUAGACAUCUAGUCUCGUGGAUUUUUAUUAUUCGUCAAAUUCGUAAAAAGAAAAGUAUUUAUUUCUUCUUAUACUGUCUUUUUGGUAUUUUUUCACGGAUUAAGUCAUAAUCGCAUAAUCAAUGUGUUAUAAAUAAAUGUAUCUUUUUUUUAUAACAAAUAUUUACUGUUGUCUCUUCAUCGUUACGGAAAUUCUUUAAAAAAAUUUUCGUUUUUCUUUUUUAUAGGACCAUAAAUAUUAAUAAUAAAUUUUUCAAUAAGACUUCAAGAUUGGUGAAUGAAAUUUACAGUAACUGUAGUAAUAAUACUGUGAUCAUUUCAUUCAGUAUUGACUAAAUUAUAGAAGUUCACGCUACUUGUCAAAAAUACCAUUUUUACGAUAGUUACAUGUAUUCACUCGUUGAAACGAUAAAAUUUUCCAAUGAGAUUGUUUGAAGUACUUUUUGGUGAAAAUUUGAGUUUAUGAUGAAACCGUAAUAAUCAUUUUGCAAAGUCAUCUCGAGUCACACAUAGUCAUGCGCCAAGCAUCUUUGAAACAAUAUGCUAUGUUGAAAAGAUUUUCCUGUACGUUUUAUAAAGUUAAAUUCUAUGGUAGCAAGAAACGUAGAUAUUGGAAAUAUUGCAAGUUUUAUUUGAUUGAAGAUUUUUAGAAUAAGAAAUUUUCUGUAUAAGGAGAUAUUGGACGUGAGGCGUCAAACGUGUAUUAUAAUGAAACAAAAUAAUUAAAUUAUUUAAUAUUGUACUAAUAAUGAUAAUACAGCAGAUUUAUCUUAUCGUUAUUCACAUCCUGCGCAAUUUAACUUAAGAUAUUAAGUAGUAAUAUUAGUUUUUUUAUCUCGAUAAUUUCAGUCCACAGCCGAUGUACGUUGUCCGCCGUUCGAUAUCUCUUUCAUGAUAGAAAACCUCUAAUAUUAAGUCACAAACAAGGCGUCUUCGCUGUAUCCUAACAUUUUCUGCGGUUUAUAAAAAAUAAUAGUUAUUCAAAAUCAAGGCUUAUUAAAAUACAAAUUUGAUAAAUAAAAUAUUUGAUUAC